AUGAUUUCAGCAACUUGUUGGGUUCCAAGAGGAUUUGCCUCUGAGUUUCCAGAAAAAUACGAGCUAGAUGAUGAAGAAAUGGAAAGAAUUAACCAAUUAGCUAAAUUGAAUAUUGACGAUGCCAAAGCUGAUAUCGACGAAGAACAAGCUGGUGAAGAAGCUGAUGAAGAUAUCGCUACUGAAGACGUUAAUACUAAUGGUUUGAAAGAUCAAAUUGAUAUCGAUGACGAUUUGAAAGAAUAUGAUUUAGAAAACUAUGAUGAAGAGGAAUCUGGUAGUAAAGGUGUUGAAGCCGCUAUGUUUCCAGGUUUAGCAAAUGAAGAUGUUAAAUUCCAUGAAGGUGAGAAUGGUGAAGAUGCAUAUAUUUCUCUGCCAACUGAACAAGAUACAAAUGAAGAAAAGGGAGAAUUGCAAGUUUAUCCAACUGAUAAUAUGAUUUUAGCAACAAGAACUGAGGACGAUAUUUCUUAUUUGGAUGUAUAUGUUUAUGAUGAUGGUGCUGGUUUCCACAGUGAGGAAAUUCCAGCUGAACAAGGUGAUGAACAAGACCCAGAUGUUGCUCGUGGUUUUGUUCGUGACAGUUCUUUAUAUAUUCAUCAUGAUUUAAUGUUGCCAGCGUUCCCAUUAUGUGUCGAAUGGUUGAACUACAGACCAGGUUCUGACUCCGACAAUGCAGCUAAUUUUGCUGCCAUUGGUACUUUCGAUCCAAAUAUCGAGAUUUGGAAUUUGGAUUGUAUUGAAAAGGCUUUCCCAGAUAUGAUUUUGGGAGAACCAUUGGAAAAUUCUAUGGCAAGUUUAUCUAGUAAGAAGAAGAAGAAAUCAAAGGGUGGUAAACAACAUAUCACAACUCACCAUACCGAUGCCGUUUUAUCUUUAGCACAUAAUAAGCAUUUCCGUUCCGUUUUAGCAUCUACUUCCGCUGAUCAUACAGUUAAGCUUUGGGAUCUGAACUCUGGUACAGCAGCUCGUUCUAUUGCAUCAAUUCACAGUAACAAAAAUGUUUCAGCUUCUGAAUGGCACAUGUCUCAUGGUUCAAUUUUGUUAACUGGUGGUUAUGACAGUCGUUUGGCAUUAACUGAUGUUAGAAUUUCAGAUGAAAGUAAUAUGUCUAAAUAUUGGAGUGUUAUGGGUGGUGAAGAAAUUGAAGCUGCCACAUUUGCAAGUGAAAACUUGAUACUGUGUGGUACAGACUCUGGUAAUGUAUACUCAUUUGAUAUUAGAAACAAUGAAGGUUCUAAACCAGUAUGGACAUUAAAGGCACACGAUGCUGGUAUCUCAACAUUGAAUUGUAACAAGUUUAUUCCAGGCAUGAUGAGUACUGGUGCAAUGGGUGAAAAAGCAGUUAAAUUGUGGAAAUUCCCAGUUGAAUCUACUUCCAAUGGUAAGGGUCCAAAUAUGGUUCUGUCUAGAGAUUUUGAUGCUGGUAAUGUUUUAACCUCUUCAUUUGCUCCAGAUAUGGAAACUGCGGGCCAUUUGGUUAUCGGUGGUGUUAACACAGGGUUAAAACUAUGGGAUGUUUUUACCAAUAGAACUGUUCGUAAAGUUUUUUCUGAUGAAUUAACUGCAUUAAAACAACAAGCAAGAGGUGAAGCUCAAAAAGUUGGUAAGAGUUCUAGAAUAUCAAGAAAAUAUGUCAAGAAUGAUAACCCUGAUACUGUUAUUACUGUUGAUGAUAAAGGGGACGACGAAGAUGAAGAGGAAGGUGACGAUGAAGGUGAUGACUGA